AUGACGACGACCGAGAAACUCAGCUUCACGACUACGAGCCUGCAGAAUGUGAUCAUUUCGAACGAGAGCGACUCGAUCUACUACGACGUCAAGACGUGGGAGGAGGACCCCGGCCUGACGAAGGUGCAGAAGCUGAACGCGAAGACGCAGCUGUACGACCUUGUCGCUGAGCUCGAGAACGCUAAUGGGAGGCCGGUGGCAGUGCGAUUCCAGGGGGGGAACGAGACGGUGAGGGUUGAGGAGUGGUUGAAGAUGGAGAACAUUGAGAGGAAUAGGUGGGGCACCUGGGAUGGGAAAGUGAGUUUCACUGGGAGUAAUGGAGAGGUGUAUGCGUGGUCGGUAAAGGACGGAGUACUUCACGUGAGUGCUGUGAUAUUCUGGAAAUCUGGGGGGCUUAAAGAGAUCUGCAUCAAGCUUAUGCGAGAGGGGACGACAUCCGAGAAGCCUCUGGCCGUAUUUCGGCCGUACCAGAGGUGGAUGUAUGUAUUGUCGAUCACCGAGGCACCUUCGAUCGAUGUAGUGCCAGAGGCUCUGGAGAUACUUGACGCCCUCAUAGUGUCAUUCCUUGUAACGGAAGGCACGCGUAGGGGGUACUUUUAUUGA